AUGGAGUCCGUGGUGCCGCCUCCAUUAACACCAAUCUCGAAGGUCUCAACACAAGCUAUCGAAAAGGCUGUGAACGCUCUCCUAAAAUGGAAAUCCGCAAAUUCCGAUUCCCAAAAAUCGCAACUACUCCCUUCCGAUGAAUUCCUUUACUUAGUCCUAACCCUCAACAAAAUCCCACCCAAAAACCGCACUAAUGCGCACAAAAUCGCCCUUCCAAAGGCUCUUUACACGCCUGAAGCCGCCGAGUUUUGCCUCUUUGUUCAUGACAGCGUUUCCAAAAGCGCUAAAGUGAAGGUUGAAGAAGGCGGGGUUCCUAUUUCUAAGGUGAUAAAGCUCUCGAAGCUGAAGAAGGAUUACAAAGCGUUUGAGCAGAAGAGGAAGCUAUGCGAUUCUUUUGACAUGUUUUUUGCUGAUAAGAGGAUUAUCCCAGUUUUGCCGAAUGCAAUUGGAAAGCAGUUUUAUCGUAAGAAGAAGAUUCCGGUGCCGAUUGAGUUGGGGAGGGGUAAUUGGAAGGAGCAGAUUGAGAGGGUUUGUAGUUCUGCAAUGUUGUAUUUGAGUACCGGGACUUGUAGUGUGAUUAAAGUAGCCAAGGAUUCAAUGAGCCGGGAUGAGAUAGUGGCAAAUGUGGCUGCGGCAGUGAGUGGUGUUGCUGAUGUUGUGCCAAAGAAGUGGAAGAAUGUGAGGGCGUUUCAUUUGAAGUUUUCGGAGUCGUUGGCGCUGCCGGUUUAUCAGAAGGUGCCGGAGUUGGGGUUGAAGAUUGGUGGUGGGUUGAUUAGUAAUGCAGAAGAAAAGGCGGUGGUUGCAAAAAAGAAAGAGAAGAAGGAGAAGGUGAGUAAGAAGAAGGGGAGGAUUAAUGAGGUAAGGUAUAUGGAUAGAGUUGAGACCGACGGGAUGGUCAGCGGAGAUGAGUCUGGGAGCGAAGUCGAUGAUGAGGAGGAGGAGAAUGUUGAAGUGGGUGGGGAUGAAACUGUUGGUAAGAAGAGGAAGAAACAAGUGUCAAAUGUGGUGAAAGGUUUGAAAGAGAACAAGGAUAAGGGUUUGGCAAAAUCGACCGAGAAGAAACCCAAGAAACUCAAAGUUUAGGAACACCAGCAUUUUCAAUCCCUAUACGCGACCCAUUCUGAAAUCUCAAAGAAACGGGAAAACAAGGACAAACGAAAGGCUGCUAAUUUAGACAAGAAAGCAGGAGGUUCAAAGAAGGUGGCUUCUUCUAAGUGAUUUUUUAGCUCUUAUGGAUAUGUCUGCUGAUUUAGAUAUGUCUGGGUUUUUGCAGCUCAAAAUUUUUGAGAAAAUAUGUUAACUAUUUAGAAGAGAAAUUUUGAGAAAACGUGUGGAGUAAUUAAUUGGAAAUUCGCUCCUCCCCUUCAAAUUAUGUGUACCUUAUUUUGGUGAGCCAGAUCAAGUUCGUUAUAGUUUUCUGUA